CAUUAAGGAAUGGUAGGAAGGGAAAAAACACACCUCACAGCCUUACAUCUCGCCAUUUUGUCAUAUAUUAAUAGUAUCAAAUGAAAUGUAAUCUCUAUCGAGUUCGCACAUGUCUUGUGGAUGGUUGUGUCGACAUCAUACAACAUGGCACACUUCCCAUUUAGGCAUUUAGCAGGUGUUCAGAGACUGUUUCCUCAUAGACGGAAAGUUCCCCUGCUGCUUGUUGUGGCUGUUGUGUUUUUGCUGCAACCACGUCCUACAGCUGCACACGCUCAAACAGAUUUCGAGCAUGAGGACCUCGCCACACUGCUGGAGGAAGAAUCCUUUAUUUCAAUGAAGAAACAAAGUAACGUCAGUUUGAAAAAGACGCGUGAUUUUCAAACUUUCGAAAAAGGUUCAGAUAUAGUCAGGUUCACAUCUCUAGAUCGGAAAUACAUAUCAGAGGUCGACCUGUUAUCAGAGGACGCUUUGAAUUCAGACCUACUCCCCUCGGAGUACAACCUGGAACACGAGCGGCACAAGAGAGAGGUAUACGAAUCCUCCGGAUCAGAAAACGAGUGUUUAGAUCCAGACCGUGAGUACUGCAAGGGCCCCUUUGAUGUGUGUACAGAUCUGACGACGGGCUACAACUGUACAUGUAAGGUCGGAUUCGUCCGGGAAGACCAGGAGUGCUACGCAGAAAUGUUCACUUACGGUCCGAGCGCUUCAGAUUCAACCAUGUCCAGCCAGGAUGAAGGUUUUCAGGCGAUAGACGUUGAGGAUGGAAUCCCAUUUUCAUCAGAGAUAUACUAUAUCAUAUAUAUCUCUACAAACGGCGUGAUUAGUUUUGGGACGCGGUUUGGUUCGUACUCGCCAUCGCUGCCCACCAAUACCCAGAACAUCUUGUGUCCUUACUGGGCCGACAUUGACAUCACGUCCGGGCCCAGCACAACUGCCAUCUACUACCAGGCAUACAGUGGCACUAGCAAUAGGCUUGAAACAGCUUCCAUUUGGAUUAAGAAAUACAUCUCUGACAGGACAUUCAAAGCAACAUGGGCGUUGGUGGUCACGUGGUAUCACGUGCCACAGAAGGGACAAUCCUCAUCUGACGAGGUUGCAACGUUCCAAGUGCUGCUGGUCACUAACGGUCAGUCCACGUAUGCCUUGUAUAUCUACAACAGAAUGGGAUGGACGGUGAGAGACGAUAUCCCAAUUUACAUCGGCUAUGAAAGUUCAAAUACGAGAGAUAGAAGACAGGAGGUCCUUAUCAUGUCUAGAAAGCGGGCAGCUUAUACCAACGCCGGCAUCGGCAACAACACGGAUAUCCCGGGCGUGUACAUAUUCGACAUCGGGGGGACGGUGACGAACUUCGUAUCGUUGUGUAAACAAUGGUACACCGAAUGGGAGCGGGAUUACCAGUUUUGGUGGGACUGGUUCCUGGAUUACUGUCCCUGCAGCUCCGUGUGGAUGAACAGAGACUGGAGGUUCUACCUGUCUGACUAUAGAUACCAAAAUGGUCAAUUCAGUGUCUGUUACACAUCGCGCCGCACUUGGUGGACCACUCCUUUGUCUCGGAAAUGUUGCUACAGAAACACCAGAUUAUUGACGUCAGAUGAGGAAUCUGGAUCGCUGCAGAGGUUUGAUCCCGUUUUUGUUGGGCUUCAUUACCGGGCAGAUUACCUGGGAAGAUAUUAUUGCUGUGAGCAGUCCAACAGGUGCGAUCUCUUCUUCAGCAUCCGGCCUCAGAGAUUCUGUUCACGUACAUUCCCCUUCUGGUGGGCCAUCGCGUUCGGUGACCCGCACAUCACAACCCUUGAUGAUCUCACCUACAUCUUCAACGGUUUCGGCGAGUACGUUAUGGUUCAACGGGAGGACGCAAAUGCCACUUUUACACUUCAAGCCAGAACAGAACGGGCUCUUAAUAAGGACGGCAAUCUCACCACGGCAACCAUCUUCACGGCCUUCGCUGCUACGGACACAAAUGAUACCUUCAUCGUGGAACUGUCUCCAUCUAAGGAAGGAUUCAUCAUCUUCCGGAAUAAGAAGGACUUGUCUUUGGCCUUCGAGAGUAACGCCAACUUUACCGAGGACGGCAAUGGCGGGUUGACAGUUAGUCGGCAAGAUAAAGACGUUGUCGGAUUCUUCCCCUCAGGAGUCUCCGUGCGAGUGGUGCUGGGGCCUAAGCUGCUCACUGUCUCCGUGGGAAUGCCGGCUGGUUUUAAGAACAAAGUGAGAGGGCUGAUGGGAAAUUUCAACGAUGACAAGUCCGACGACCUUACUUUUCCAAAUGGAACAAUUCUAAAUAUUAACUCACCAGAGAGGGCGAUAUACCAAUUCGGGCAAACGUGGCAGAUCAACUUGACAGAAUCUCUCUUUAUGUAUCCACCACGGAAGAACGCAUCCGACUAUUACCACCCAGACUUCGAGCCUCUGUACUAUGACGAGGCAAGCGAGGCAGAUAGGAAUGCCUCUAUUGCUGCAUGUGGCGGGGACGAGAAGAACUUGCCCUGUAUAUUUGAUUUCCUGGCGACCGGAGACCAGGCUGUUGCAGACUCUACUAAGCAGACGGACGAGGGUGUCAAAAAGGAGCGAGCCGAGCAAUCCAACACGAUACCGUCCAUCUCUUCCAACGCCACCGUCCUGCACGUGACUGUCGGACAGGAAACUAUCUUCUCCCUGAACGCAACAGACACCGACAGCGGCGACACCAUCACCUACGAGGUUGUGGACAAGCCAGACGGUUUCAACCUGACAGAGGCUGACCAGAGUGGAAACGAGAGAAGUGCCCAAGUCUCCUAUACACCAACGUCCACUAGCCCUGGUAAAAUAAGCAUUGUAGUAAAGGACUCAAAGAACACGUCGUCGGAGACUGUGGACAUUAAGAUACGGCUCUGCGACGGUUGCUCAGGCAAUGGGUCUUGUGACUUCACUCGCACGCGCGCCGACCAGAACACGGGGGCGUCGGCAUCGUUCGAGAUUGCGGCUUGUGACUGUGACAUAGGAUUUACAGAUGCCGACUGUAGCCAGGAUGUUGACGGUUGUGACAGUUUGCCGUGUUUCACUGGCCAGAACUGCACCGACCUGGUCCCGGCGGAAGAGAAGCGCCUCGGACGGGGCUACAACUGCAGUGCCUGUCCUGGGGGAUUCCAAGCACCUGGGGACAAGUGUGAAGAUAUCAAUGAAUGCGAGACAUCAAACCCAUGUGACCAAAACUGUACGAAUACACAGGGAAGCUACCGGUGUUCGUGUAUGGCCGGCUAUAGGCUCGUGAACAACGUCUGCCAAGACAUUGACGAGUGUGUGGAGAACCUUCACGACUGCCAGCAGGUCUGCAACAACACUGUGCCUUCCUUCGUCUGUGAUUGUAAUUUUGGAUUCGAACGGGAUACAACUGACUUGAAGAAAUGUGUGAAAGAUCCAACGGCAGAAAAUCCUUGCUUUCCUACAAAUUGCAGCUACGGCUGCUUGAAUGACACUGCCAAGUGUUUCUGCGAAUCUGGAUAUGAAAUUGACUCAACUGACAACAGCACAUGCAAAGAUAUCAACGAGUGCGACCAGAAUGUGUGUUCCCAGGGCUGCAACAACACCGACGGGAGCUUCGUCUGCACGUGUCUCGAUGGCUACCUGUUGGCUGCAGACAAGGUGACAUGUGAAGCAUGCGAAGACUUGAACUACGGCAAAGACUGUGCCCUCCGCUGCGACUGUGGCGACCGUUCCACCAGUUGCAACAACGUUAGGGGCUGCAUCUGCAAGACGGGUUGGAGCGGAACUAAGUGCGACAACGACAUCAACGAAUGUGAGGAAGGUCCAUGUCCAGCGGGCCAACUAUGCACCAACACCAGGGGAUCAUAUACCUGCGCAUGUCCAACGGGAUACGACAAGCAAGCUAAUCAGUCAUGCACAGACAAGAACGAAUGCGUCACGGAUGCCAACACGUGUGAUCAGAUCUGCACCAACGUCCCCGGGUCCUUCACGUGCUCCUGCAGGGCCGGAUACACAGAGGACAGCCAGAAGAAGUGUGCAGAUAUCAAUGAAUGCACAUCCGAACAGAGCUCCUGCAGCCAGAAAUGUGUCAAUGUCGAUGGUAGCUAUAACUGUGAAUGUGAGUUUGGCUAUCGACUUAAGGAUGACCGGACGUCUUGUGAACAAGUGGAGAACGUCUGCGCUGAAGUAAAGAACCUGAACUGUGACCAGGGCUGCACGGUCAAGGCGGAAACUGAAGAGGCGUUUUGCUUCUGUAACCUUGGUUACAAACUGGGAACAGACAAAGAGACGUGUAUAGAUAUUGUGGAGUGUGACAAUCCGGAGCUGAACAAGUGCGUUAACGGUACCUGUGAGAACACCAUUGGAGGCUUCAACUGCAGUUGCCCAAUUGGCUUCAAACUCGACAAUGAUAAAACCACGUGCAGAGAGUGCGAUGACCAACAUUGGGGGCAGGAAUGUGCCAACGAGUGUGGGUGUGGCGUGGGCGCUUCCAACUGCGACUCAAAGGAGGGAUGUCAGUGUCAGGACGGGUGGUUGGGGCUGAGGUGCGAUCAGGACAGGAACGAGUGUGUACAAGUAGCCGUGUGUCCGCAGAACUCCGACUGUGUCAACAAUCCUGGUUCCUAUAGAUGCGUGUGCAGGACCGGCUACAGGCUCAACAACAUCACCAACAUCUGCAACGAUAUCAACGAAUGUGAUGAAACAGCAUUGAAUACAUGUGACCAGAAAUGCGUUAACAAUGAAGGCUCGUUUGUCUGCGAGUGCAACGCUGGCUUCGUCCGGACGGCGGAUACAUGUAGAGAUGUAGACGAGUGUGAGACCGGGAAGGACGACUGCCAGCACAUCUGCAGGAACACUGUUGGGGGGUAUGCAUGCAGCUGUCGGCCUGGCUUCCGGCUCCAGGCUAGCGACAGACGCUCAUGUGUAGCGACGACCGUGUGUACGACUCUUCAGUGUGAACAAGGAUGUCAGGUCGAUCAGGGGAACCAGUCCUGCUUCUGCAACAGCGGGUUCAAGGAGGACCCUUCCAACUCAACACUCUGCGUUGAUGUGAACGAGUGCACGGAAGGGACGGAUCCUUGCGCGACAGGGGGCGCCACCUGCAACAACAAACCGAAUGGCGGCGGCUAUGAGUGCGUUUGUAACAAUGGCUUCAAACUCCAGAGUGACGGCGUCACGUGCUUAGAUUGUGUUCAGGGCACCUAUGGCCAAGAGUGCGGGAGCAACUGUAGCUGUAACGUUGCCAAUACUGUGACGUGUAAUCAGGUAAACGGCACAUGCACCUGCCUCACGGGGUGGGAGGGGGUCAUGUGUUGCAGCGACGUGAACGAGUGCGACACUUACAACUGUGGCAAUAACAGCUUCUGUACAAACACAAAUGGAAGUUUCAUCUGCGAGUGUGAUGACGGAUUCGUCAGGACAGCAUUCAAUGCGUGUGAAGCCUGUGACGCAAACCAGUGGGGUAAGAACUGUGCAAACAGGUGCACGUGUGGCGUCAACUCCGUUAACUGCAACAGUGUUAAUGGUACGUGCACGUGUGUAAAUGGAUGGAAGGGCGAUAGUUGUGGUACCGAUGUUGAUGAAUGCACGAACAACGCCACCAUAUGCUCCGGCACACCCAACUCUAACUGUAGCAACACCGUCGGCUCCUUCUCCUGCAAAUGUAACAGUGGGUACCUGGAAAACCCUACCUCUAAGAUGUGUGAUGAUGUCAAUGAAUGUCUGGACGCGGAUCUAAACACUUGUACGCAGAAUUGCACCAACACUGAAGGAGACCAUGUUUGCUCCUGUUUUGAAGGCUACCUGGGCACUGACAACAACUGCACGGACAUUAACGAAUGUGAAGUGAACACCACCAUCUGCUCCGGCGUGGCCAACUCCAAUUGCACUAACACAGGUGGGGCCUACAGGUGUGACUGUGUCUCGGGAUUCGCAAAGAACACCACCACCAGUCUCUGUGAUGAUAUUGAUGAGUGCCAGGACACCAACCAAUGUAGCGGUAUACCAAACUCAACCUGUAGCAACUCCCCAGGCUCCUUCUCCUGCGACUGCGACAGCGGCUACGUCAAGAACGUCACCACUAACAAAUGUGAUGACAUGAACGAGUGCACCGCAGACAUGACCAUCUGCUCCGGACUGAUCAACUCCAACUGCAACAACACAGACGGAAGUUACAGAUGUGAUUGUGGCUCAGGCUUCCUUAAGAACACCACCACCGAUCUCUGUGAUGAUAUUGAUGAGUGCCAGGACACCAACCAAUGUAGCGGUAUACCAAACUCAACCUGUAGCAACUCCCCAGGCUCCUUCUCCUGCGACUGCGACAGCGGCUACGUCAAGAACGUCACCACUAACAAAUGUGAUGACAUAAACGAGUGUGAUGGCAGUCACGGGUGUGAGGCUACUUGUGUCAACACAGGCGGCUCCUUCAAGUGUGAGUGCCCAGCGGGUCAAACUGUCAACCUGGAUGGAAAGACGUGUGACGAGUGUGCAGUUCCAGACCGUGAUUACUGUAGGGGCCCCUUUGAUGUGUGUACAGAUCUGACGACGGGCCACGAGUGUACAUGUAAGGACGGUUACGUCCGAGAAGACCAGGAAUGCUACGCAGAAAUGUUCACUUACGGUCCGAGCGCUUCAGAUUCAGCCAUGUCCAUCCAGGAUGAAGGUUUUCAGAAGAUAGACGUUGAGGACGGAAUCCCAUUUUCAUCAGAGAUAUACUAUGUCAUACAUAUCUCUACAAACGGCGUGAUUAGUUUUGGGACGCCGUUUGGUUCGUACUCGCCAUCACUGCCAACCAAUACCCAGAACAUCUUGUGUCCUUACUGGGCUGACAUUGACAUCACGUCCGCGAAUAGGCCCAGCACAACUGCCAUCUACUACCAGGCAUACAAUGGCACCAGCAAUAGGCUUGAAACAGCUUCCACUUGGAUUAAGAAAUACAUCUCUGACAGCACAUUCAAAGCAACAUGGGCGUUGGUGGUCACGUGGUAUCACGUGCCACAGAAGGGACAAUCCUCAUCUGACGAGGUUGCAACGUUCCAAGUGCUGCUGAUCACUAACGGCCAGUCCACGUAUGCCUUGUAUACCUACAACAGAAUGGGAUGGACGGUGAGAGACGAUAUCCCAAUUUACAUCGGCUAUGAAAGUUCAAAUACGAGAGAUAGAAGACAGGAGGUUCUUAUCAUGUCUGGAAAGCGGGCAGCUUAUACCAACGCCGGCAUCGGCAGCAACACGCAUAUCCCGGGCGUGUACAUAUUCGACAUCGGGGGGACGGUGACGAACUUCGUAUCGUUGUGUAAACAAUGGUACACUGAAUGGGUGCCGGAUUACCAGUUUUGGUGGGCCUGGUUCCUGGAUGACUGUCCCUGCAGCUCCGUGUGGAUGAACAGAGACUGGAGGUUCUACCUGUCUGACUAUAAAUUCCAAAAUGGUCGAUUCAGUGUCUGUUACACAUCGCGCCGCACUUGGUGGACCACUCCUUUGUCUCGGAAAUGUUGCUACAGAGACACCAGAUUAUUGACGUCAGUUGAGGAAUCUGGAUCGCUGCAGAGGUUUGAUCCCGUUUUUGUACGGCUUCAUUACCUGGCGGAUUACCUGGGAAGAUAUUAUUGCUGUGAGCAGUCCAACAGGUGCGAUCUCUUCUUCAGCAUCCGGCCCCAGAGAUUCUGUUCACUCACAUUCCCCUUCUGGUGGGGCAACGGGUUCGGUGACCCGCAUAUCACAACCCUUGAUGAUCUCACCUACAUCUUCAACGGUUUCGGCGAGUACGUUAUGGUUCAUCGGGAGGACGCAAAUGCCACUUUUACACUUCAAGCCAGAACAGAACGAGCACUUAAUAAGGACGGCAACCUCACCACGGCAACCAUCUUCACGGCCUUUGCUGCUACGGACACAAAUGAUACCUUCAUCGUGGAACUUUCUCCAUCUAAGGAAGGAUUCAUCAUCUUCCGGAAUAAGAAGGACUUAUCUUUGGCCUUCGAGAGGGACGCCAACUUUACCGAGGACGGCAAUGGCGGGUUGACAGUUAGUCGGCAAGAUAAAGACGUUGUCGGAUUCUUCCCCUCAGGCGUCUCCGUGCGAGUGGUGCUGGGACCCAAGCUGCUCACUGUCUCCGUAGGAAUGCCGGCUGGUUUUAAGAACAAAGUGAGAGGGCUGAUGGGAAAUUUCAACGAUGACAAGUCUGACGAUCUUACUUUUCCAAAUGGAACAAUUCUAAAUAAUAACUCAACAGAGAGGGACAUAUACCAAUUCGGGCAAACAUGGCAGAUCAACUUGACAGAAUCUCUCUUUAUGUAUCCACCACGGAAGAACGCAUCCGACUAUUACCACCCAGACUUCGAGCCUCUGUACUAUGACGAGGCAAGCGAGGCAGAUAGGAAUGCCUCUAUUGCUGCAUGUGGCGGGGACGAGAAGAACUUGCCCUGUAUAUUUGAUUUCCUGGCGACCGGAGACCAGGCUGUUGCAGACUCUACUAAGCAGACGGACGAGGGUGUCAAAAAGGAGCGAGCCGAGCAAUCCAACACGAUACCGUCCAUCUCUUCCAACGCCACCGUCCUGCACGUGACUGUCGGACAGGAAACUAUCUUCUCCCUGAACGCAACAGACACCGACAGCGGCGACACCAUCACCUACGAGGUUGUGGACAAGCCAGACGGUUUCAAUCUGACAGAGGCUGACCAGAUUGGAAACGAGAGAAGUGCCCAAGGCUCCUAUACACCCACGUCCGCUAGCCCCGGUAAAAUAAGCAUUGUAGUAAAGGACUCAAAGAACACGUCGUCGGAGACGGUGGACAUUAAGAUACGGCUCUGCGACGGUUGCUCGGGCAAUGGGUCUUGUGACUUCACUCGCACACGCGCCGACCAGAACACGGGGGCGUCGGCAUCGUUCGAGAUUGCGGCUUGUGUCUGUGACACAGGAAUUACAGGUGCCGACUGUAGCCAGGAUGUUGACGGUUGUAACAGUUUGCCGUGUUUCACUGGCCAGAACUGCACCGACCUGGUCCCGGCGGAAGAGAAGCGCCUCGGACGAGGCUACAACUGCAGUGCCUGUCCCGACGGAUUCCAAGCAUCUGGGGACAAGUGUGAAGAUGUCAAUGAAUGCGAGCCAACAAACCCAUGUGACCAAAACUGUACGAAUACACAGGGGAGCUACCGGUGUUCGUGUAUGGCCGGCUACAGGCUCGUGAACAACGUCUGCCAAGACAUUGACGAGUGUGUGGAGAACCUUCACGACUGCCAGCAGGUCUGCAACAACACUGUACCUUCCUUCGUCUGUGAUUGUAAUUAUGGAUUCAAGCGGGAUACAACUGACUUGAACAAAUGCGUGAAAGAUUCAACGACAGAAGCCAUUGAUGAUUGCUCUCCUACAAAUUGCAGCUACGGCUGCCUGAAAGACACUGCCAAGUGCUUCUGCGAAACUGGAUACGAAAUUGACUCAGAUGACAACAGCACAUGCAAAGAUAUUAACGAGUGCGACCAGCACGUGUGUUCCCAGGGCUGCAACAACACCGACGGUAGCUUCGUCUGCACGUGUCUCGACGGCUACCUGCUGGCUGCAGACAAGGUGACAUGUGAAGCAUGCGGAGACUUGUACUACGGCAAAGACUGUGCCCAACGCUGCGACUGUGGUGACCGUUCCACGAGUUGCAACAACGUUAGGGGCUGCAUUUGCAAGACAGGUUGGAGCGGAAUCAAGUGCGACAACGACAUCAACGAGUGUGAGGAAGGUCCAUGUCCAACGGGCCAACUAUGCACCAACACCAGGGGAUCAUAUACCUGCGCAUGUCCAACGGGAUACGACAAGCAGGCUAAUCAGUCAUGCACAGACAAGAACGAAUGCGUCACGGAUGCCAACACGUGUGAUCAGAUCUGUACCAACGUUCCCGGGUCCUUCACGUGCUCCUGCAGGGCCGGAUUCACAGAGGACAGCCAGAAGAAGUGUGCAGAUAUCAAUGAAUGCACAUCCGAUCAGAGCUCCUGCAGCCAAAAAUGUGUCAAUGUAGAUGGUAGCUAUAACUGUGAAUGUGAGUUUGGCUAUCGACUUAAGGAUGACCGGACGUCUUGUGAACAAGUGGAGGACGUCUGCGCUGAAGUAAAGAACCUGAACUGUGACCAGGGCUGCACGGUCAAGGCGGAAACUGAAGAGGCGUUUUGCUUCUGUAACCUUGGUUACAAACUUGGAACAGACAAUCGGACGUGUAUAGGUGGGUCUUCUGUCGCCAAGGUAACUUGCAGAUUUUGCUGGGUGUGUCUGUCGGUCACCGUGGGAACUCGCAGGAUACAGUCAGACAUGUGGCUCUCUAAUUCUACAGAUAUUGUGGAGUGUGACAAUCCGGAGCUGAACAAGUGCGUUAACGGUACCUGUGAGAACACCAUUGGAGGCUUCAACUGCAGUUGCCCAAUUGGCUUCAAACUCGACAAUGAUAAAACCACGUGCAGAGAGUGCGAUGACCAACACUGGGGGCAGGGAUGUGCCAACGAGUGUGGGUGUGGCGUGGGCGCUUCCACCUGCGAUUCAAAGGGGGGAUGCCAGUGUCUGGACGGGUGGUUGGGGCUGAGGUGCGAUCAGGACAUGAACGAGUGUGUACAAGGGGCCGUGUGUCCGCAGAACUCCGACUGUGUCAACAAUCCUGGUUCCUAUAGAUGCGUGUGCAGGACCGGCUACAGGCUCAACAACAUCACCAACACCUGCAACGAUAUCAACGAAUGUGAUGAAACAGCAUUGAAUACAUGUGACCAGAAAUGCGUGAACAGUGAAGGCUCGUUUGUCUGCGAGUGCAGCGAUGGCUUCGUUAGGACGGCGGAUACAUGUAGAGAUGUAGACGAGUGUGAGACCGGGAAGGACGACUGCCAGCACAUCUGCAGGAACACUGUUGGGGGGUAUGCAUGCAGCUGUCGGCCUGGCUUCCUGCUCCAGGCUAGCGACAGACGCUCAUGUGUAGCGACGACCGUGUGUACGAUUCUUCAAUGUGAACAAGGAUGCCAGGUGGAUCAGGGGAACGAGUCCUGCUUCUGCAACAGCGGGUUCAAGGAGGACCCUUCCAACUCAACACUCUGCGUUGAUGCGGACGAGUGCGCAGUAGGAACGGAUCCUUGCGCGAAAGGUGGCGCCACCUGCAACAACAAACCGAAUGGCGGCGGCUAUGAGUGCGUUUGUAACAAUGGCUCCAAACUCCAGAGUGACGGCGUCACGUGCUUGGAUACGGAUGAAUGCCGGGACAUAAGCACCUGUAGCGGGACACCAAACUCUACCUGUAGGAAUUCUGUCGGCGGCUUUGCCUGCGACUGCGACAGCGGUUACGUCAAGAACGCCUCCACAAACAAAUGUGAUGACGUGAACGAGUGCACCGCAAACAUGACCAUCUGCUCCGGACUGAUCAAUUCCAACUGCAACAACACAGACGGAAGUUACAGAUGUGAUUGUGGCUCAGGCUUCCUCAAGAACACCACCACCAAUCGCUGUGAUGAUAUUGAUGAGUGCCAGGACACCCACAAAUGUAGCGGUACACCAAACUCAACCUGCAGCAACUCCCCAGGCUCCUUCUCCUGCAACUGCGACAACGGCUACGUCAAGAACGUCACCACCACCAAAUGUGAUGACGUGAACGAGUGCACCGCAAACAUGACCAUCUGCUCCGGACUGGCUGACUCCAACUGCAACAACACAGACGGAAGUUACAGAUGUGAUUGUGGCUCAGGCUUCCUCAAGAACACCACCACUAAUCGCUGUGAUGAUAUUGAUGAGUGCCAGGACACCAACAAAUGUAGCGGUACACCAAACUCAACCUGUAGCAACUCCCCAGGCUCCUUCUCCUGCAACUGCGACAACGGCUACGUCAAGAACGUCACCACCACCAAAUGUGAUGACGUGAACGAGUGCACCGCAAACAUGACCAUCUGCUCCGGACUGGCUGACUCCAACUGCAACAACACAGACGGAAGUUACAGAUGUGAUUGUGGCUCAGGCUUCCUCAAGAACACCACCACUAAUCGCUGUGAUGAUAUUGAUGAGUGCCAGGACACCAACAAAUGUAGCGGUACACCAAACUCAACCUGUAGCAACUCCCCAGGCUCCUUCUCCUGCAACUGCGACAACGGCUACGUCAAGAACGUCACCACCACCAAAUGUGAUGACGUGAACGAGUGCACCGCAAACAUGACCAUCUGCUCCGGACUGGCUGACUCCAACUGCAACAACACAGACGGAAGUUACAGAUGUGAUUGUGGCUCAGGCUUCCUCAAGAACACCACCACUAAUCGCUGUGAUGAUAUUGAUGAGUGCCAGGACACCAACAAAUGUAGCGGUACACCAAACUCAACCUGUAGCAACUCCCCAGGCUCCUUCUCCUGCAACUGCGACAACGGCUACGUCAAGAACGUCACCACCACCAAAUGUGAUGACGUGAACGAGUGCACCGCAAACAUGACCAUCUGCUCCGGACUGGCUGACUCCAACUGCAACAACACAGACGGAAGUUACAGAUGUGAUUGUGGCUCAGGCUUCCUCAAGAACACCACCACUAAUCGCUGUGAUGAUAUUGAUGAGUGCCAGGACACCAACAAAUGUAGCGGUACACCAAACUCAACCUGUAGCAACUCCCCAGGCUCCUUCUCCUGCAACUGCGACAACGGCUACGUCAAGAACGUCACCACCACCAAAUGUGAUGACGUGAACGAGUGCACCGCAAACAUGACCAUCUGCUCCGGACUGGCUGACUCCAACUGCAACAACACAGACGGAAGUUACAGAUGUGAUUGUGGCUCAGGCUUCCUCAAGAACACCACCACUAAUCGCUGUGAUGAUAUUGAUGAGUGCCAGGACACCAACAAAUGUAGCGGUACACCAAACUCAACCUGUAGCAACUCCCCAGGCUCCUUCUCCUGCAACUGCGACAACGGCUACGUCAAGAACGUCACCACCACCAAAUGUGAUGACGUGAACGAGUGCACCGCAAACAUGACCAUCUGCUCCGGACUGGCUGACUCCAACUGCAACAACACAGACGGAAGUUACAGAUGUGAUUGUGGCUCAGGCUUCCUCAAGAACACCACCACUAAUCGCUGUGAUGAUAUUGAUGAGUGCCAGGACACCCACAAAUGUAGCGGUACACCAAACUCAACCUGUAGCAACUCCCCAGGCUCCUUCUCCUGCAACUGCGACAACGGCUACGUCAAGAACGUCACCACCACCAAAUGUGAUGACGUGAACGAGUGCACCGCAAACAUGACCAUCUGCUCCGGACUGGCUGACUCCAACUGCAACAACACAGACGGAAGUUACAGAUGUGAUUGUGGCUCAGGCUUCCUCAAGAACACCACCACUAAUCGCUGUGAUGAUAUUGAUGAGUGCCAGGACACCCACAAAUGUAGCGGUACACCAAACUCAACCUGUAGCAACUCCCCAGGCUCCUUCUCCUGCAACUGCGACAACGGCUACGUCAAGAACGUCACCACCACCAAAUGUGAUGACGUGAACGAGUGCACCGCAAACAUGACCAUCUGCUCCGGACUGGCUGACUCCAACUGCAACAACACAGACGGAAGUUACAGAUGUGAUUGUGGCUCAGGCUUCCUCAAGAACACCACCACCAAUCGCUGUGAUGAUAUUGAUGAGUGCCAGGACACCCACAAAUGUAGCGGUACACCAAACUCAACCUGUAGCAACUCCCCAGGCUCCUUCUCCUGCAACUGCGACAACGGCUACGUCAAGAACGUCACCACCACCAAAUGUGAUGACGUGAACGAGUGCACCGCAAACAUGACCAUCUGCUCCGGACUGGCUGACUCCAACUGCAACAACACAGACGGAAGUUACAGAUGUGAUUGUGGCUCAGGCUUCCUCAAGAACACCACCACCAAUCGCUGUGAUGAUAUUGAUGAGUGCCAGGACACCCACAAAUGUAGCGGUACACCAAACUCAACCUGUAGCAACUCCCCAGGCUCCUUCUCCUGCAACUGCGACAACGGCUACGUCAAGAACGUCACCACCACCAAAUGUGAUGAUAUUGAUGAGUGCCAGGACACCAACCAAUGUAGCGGGACACCAAACUCAACCUGUAGCAACUCUCCAGGCUCCUUCUCCUGCAGCUGCGACAGCGGCUACGUCAAGAACGUCACAACCACCAAAUGUGAUGACGUGAACGACUGCACCGAAAACAUGACCAUCUGCUCCGGACUGAUCAACUCCAACUGCAACAACACAGACGGAAGUUACAGAUGUGAUUGUGACUCAGGCUUCCUCAUGAACACCACCAACGAUCUCUGUGAUGAUAUUGAUGAGUGCCAGGACACCAACCAAUGUAGCGGGACACCAAACUCAACCUGUAGCAACUCUCCAGGCUCCUUCUCCUGCAACUGCGACAGCGGCUACGUCAAGAACGUCACAACCACCAAAUGUGAUGACGUGAACGACUGCACCGAAAACAUGACCAUCUGCUCCGGACUGAUCAACUCCAACUGCAACAACACAGACGGAAGUUACAGAUGUGAUUGUGACUCAGGCUUCCUCAUGAACACCACCAACGAUCUCUGUGAUGAUAUUGAUGAGUGCCAGGACACCAACCAAUGUAGUGGGACACCAAACUCAACCUGUAGCAACUCUCCAGGCUCCUUCUCCUGCAACUGCGACAGCGGCUACGUCAAGAACGUCACAACCACCAAAUGUGAUGAAAACAAGUGUGAUGGCAGUGACGGGUGUGAGGCUACUUGUGUUAACACAGGCGGCUCCUUCAAGUGUGAGUGCCCAGCAGGGCAAACUGUCAACCGGGAUGGAAAGACGUGUGACGCUGUUGAAAUAUUCGCUGCUAGUAUCACCCUGAACAAAACUGUGCCCGACAGCGCCUUCAAUAACACCACGGCGGAAUAUACCAAACUACUCAAAGACAUAGAGAGAGCGCUGAUUAUUUACUUCAAGAGCGAACUAAGUGAUGCCUUUGUCACGCUUGUUGUCAUCCGAAUCAGACCGGGUAGUGUCGUCGCUGACUACACAACUGAAGUUAACAAGAAGGUCGCAAAUGACCCUACCGCAGAGUUCGCCAAAGCCACGACCGCUCUGGUAUCGGGUAACUUAACUAUCGAUGGAGUAAAUGAAAAAGUUCUGGACCAGACGGUCAGUGGGACUAAUGUGACGAAAGAUGUUUGUGACACUUACAGGACCAACUGUGAGAGUAACCAAGUCUGCGUCAAGCAUAAAGAUACACCAGUCUGCAGUCUCGUUUUCGAAGAAACUGUUGAAAUAUUCGCUGCUAGUAUCACCCUGAACAAAAAUGUGUCCGACAGCGCCUUCAAUAACACCACGGCGGAAUAUACCAAACUACUCAAAGACAUAGAGAGAGCGCUGAUUGAAUACUUCACGAUGAAGCUGCGUGAGGCCUUUCUCUGGCUUGUUGUCACCGAAAUCAAAUCGGGUAGUGUCGUCGCUGACUACACAACUGAAAUUAACAAGAUGGGAGACACCGACGCUGCCGCAGUGUUCGCCAAAGCCACGACCGCUCUGGUAUCGGGUAACUUAACUAUCGAUGGAGUAAAUGCAUCCGUUCUGGCCCAGACAGUCAAUGGGACUAAUGUGACGAAAGAUGUGUGUGACACUUACAGGACCAACUGUGAGAGUAACCAAGUCUGCGUCAAUGAAAACGAUACACCAGUCUGCAGGCUCGUUCCAGAAGAAAGCGACUAUCGACUUAUUAUCGGCCUCUCCGUGGGUAUCCCUAUCUUCAUCAUCAUUCUGGCGUCCAUCAUCGCUAUCAUCUUUAUGAGGAUGAGAAACCAGAAGAAGAGUCUUGAGAGGUCGUCUGAGGAACGAUACGACUCCUACCUACAUCCAUUCUCCAGUCAGCUGGCCACUCGCGACGGCUUCUACAGCGCCAACCGCGGCAUGUACUCGCCCGACUCCCUCUCAGCAGCAUCCAGUGAUGACAGCAACAAGAGGAGGAAGAGGAAUGGGCGGGGUAGCUUCAGAGACAGUGCUUGGUUCGCUAAAGAUCAGCAGAAUCAACGACCCGAUGACAGCGACCUCUCCAACUUCUCCUGGGACUUCCUGUACCGGAUCAUGCCACCCAAUGAAACAUUCGAGAUAAGAAGACCACAGAUCAACGCCUCCCCCUCGCCGAGAUCACAGCUGAAGUCCAGCCGCCAGCACCCCAACUCCAGUGCCUGAGACACCAGCGAGAAACAACACAAUCUUCAGUUGAGAAAAAUGCGCCACUAGCAGGCGUCUUGCGCCACUGAAUUAUUCAUGGACACCCUGGGAUAUUCCAAUUAUGCUUGAAUGAUAUUGACAUUUAAUUGUCUUUAUGUGCCAUGGACUAAUCCUUAUAAUCCUUGAUGGCUGGUGGGUAUAUGCUUGUCAUACUUGGUUUAUGAAAGCCACUUUCAUUAUUUUGAGAUAUGAUAUUUCGAUAUAUGUUUGUAUCUUCCGUCUUUCAUCUGAAGAAAUCAACGAUACAUCCAGUGACGACAAUAUACGCUUCAUAUCCCCUCAUCUCAUGCAGUAUAAUGGGUUUUUGACACAUUUGGGAGCAUAUAACGUUGUCGACAGUAUUGGGCAACUGUGCACACGUUCCUGGAUAUCAUUCACUGUGGUUAUUGAUGGGUGU